UCAAUCACGCGGCGCCACUCUUUGAUCUCUGCAGCUCCUCUCGUCUUCAAACACUCUCAAGUGUCGUAGCUUGCCGGGAGCUUAGCUUACUUUCACUAAUCAAAUCCUUGUCUCAGAGAAGCAGAAACAAAACAAAUCGAAGCUCCUUAGUACUUCCUUUGUCAGAUCUGAGCGCGCUGACCUUCUACAGGCUUUCUUUUGCAACUUUUUUUUUUUCCAGCCAAAACAUGCCUCAGCGUAACGGUGGCGGAGGGGACGACCUCUGUGCUACCGAUGAAAUGAUUGCCUUUAAGGACGAGGGGGAGCAGGAGGAAAAAAUUCAGGAACAUGCAUUUCUCGAAAGGGAUUUAGCAGACCUGAAAUCGUCUUUAGUGCACGAAUCAGAAACGCAUCAACAGCAUCACACGUCUUCGGAGGCAGUAGCUGAAGCAAUCAGGCGUGCGCAAGAUGGACAGAGAAUCUACAGUCAUAACAAACUUCGAGAUCAUAUGGACGAUGAGCUCAAACAUCAAGGAGGAAUGUACAAAGGACAAACAUAUGCCAGCUAUCCAUUCCUCAUGCUGCCAGACCCUUACCUAUCCAAUGCAUCCAUGACUCCUGCUUUGGUAAUGGACUCUACUGACCCCGAUAUGAUGUCAGCGUGUCAGCAAGGAAGCAGAACCACCUGCUGUAUUGUCAAUGAGGGCAAAGCAUCUUAUGGUUAUGGGGUCGGUUUUAUGGAAGAGGUCUUCUUUAAAAAGAAAAGUGAGAAUGCAAACUUCAAUGACAGAAAGACAGUCAAGUCGAACAAAGUCCCAGUGGUACAGCCUUCUCAUGGAGUCCACCCUUUCACAUCUCUUCUUCCCUACAGCAAUGAGAAUUUCAGCCAUCCGUCUCAUUCACCACAUCAGUCUGAUAUCAACCAAAAGCAAGGUGUACACAGGUCUCAGCAAGGUCCUGACCUCUCCAGCUUCUAUUCCCUUCCUACUACUGGUGUUGGACAGAUCACAUCUUCUGUGGGAUGGCAAAGCUCACCUGUGUACAGUCUCCCAUCUUGUGGAUUUAGACAACCUUAUACAUCAACACUUUCUCCAGCUGCUCCACUCUCCAGGUUUCCACAUCCACUAAUGAUUGGAACUCCAAGCAUGCACUCUACAGGAAUCCCUCACCCUGCCAUAGUUCCUUCAUCUGGGAAGCAAGACACAGAACAUUAUGACAGAUGUUUGAAGCCCCACCCAGAACCAAAGAGAGAAAACGAGUCAAAGAAACCCACAGUUAAGAAACCCCUAAACGCCUUUAUGCUAUACAUGAAGGAAAUGAGACCAAAGGUCAUCGCGGAGUGCACAUUGAAGGAAAGUGCUGCAAUUAACCAAAUUUUAGGAAGACGGUGGCAUGCCCUGUCUCGAGAAGAACAAGCCAAAUACUACGAGCUAGCAAGGAAAGAACGGCAACUUCACAUGCAACUUUACCCGGGAUGGUCUGCAAGAGAUAAUUACGGCAAAAAGAAAAGACGAACAAGAGAAAAGCAGCAAGAUUCCAGCUCAGAUCCUGGCUCCCCUAAGAAAUGCAGAGCCCGCUUUGGCCUCAACCAACAAACGGACUGGUGCGGCCCAUGCAGGAGGAAAAAGAAGUGCAUUCGGUACUUACAAGGAGAAAGGCACUGCAUCAGCCCAGUUUCUUCCAAUGGAAGUGCUAUAGACUCUCCUCCAUCACCCUUAGAUGGACCACUGCAUUCUGCUCUUACUUCAGACAACUUUGCUAGCCCUGCACAAUCUGUGAUAAAUGAACAAACUCAUGCCUUUCUAGCUUCUACACAAACAAAACCUUCUGACAACUCAGGUGGACAGAAUACGCUGCUUAUAUCAGACUGCCUCAGCACAGUAACUUUAAGUCAAGUCUCAAUGAAGUACAAUACCUCGCCAGUAGGAACACAGUGUUUCAAGAAAGAGAAAGACUAGAACCAUUUAAGAGCUGGCGAUCUGGCAAAGACAUUUCAUUUGCAUUUGACACUUUAAGUAUCUGUGCUGCUUCAGUGCCUGUUAAGACUGUGUACAAAUAAAAAAGUUACUACAACAUAAUGUAAUCUGUAGGUAAUCUGAAAACAAUGCUAAACCAUUGUCUAGCAACCACAGACUGCUUGGCAAAACUGGAUAUUUUAUCUUCUGACUGUUUUCAUAAUAUUUUAGUGCAAGAAAAGUUCUCGUGUAUUACUGUAAUGUAAUAAAUUAGGGUAUUAUUGUUCUGAUUAUUUUAUUUUUUUUUCUCUUUUAAUUUGCAUCCAAAAGUUGUCUUUGUAUAGGACCAUAGUUUUGACAAAAAGCAGUGAAGUAGCCAGGGUGAAGCUGCCCUUGGGCACAAGAUGUUGGGCAAUAAUCUGCAGAUGCUGACAGGCCAGUAUUACAGUACCACCAUUCAGGCAAUACUGUAUUUGCAUUCACAGCUACAGUUUCAGCAGACAAAGCAGAUCUCUUUUUUUCAGUCCUCAGCUCAGAAAGAAGGGGCCUUUUUUUGAGAGCCUCAACUUAAAUUUGAGGGUAUCACCAGAUUGGGGAAGUGCACCAAGCACCAGAUAAGGUAGCUACAGCAUUGACAAAAAUUCACAUAAACCCCCUGCACAUAAACUUUAUUUCUGUCAGCUAAUGCCAAGAUGACCAUAUUUUCUGAAAAAUGCAAACUUUAACAUAUUUGUAGCAGUCACUUUGUAGCUGUAGUGUCUCUGUGGAGUUAUAUGGAAUAUGAUUAAUAUUGUUUUUUUAUGUGAGAUUCCAAAUGUUGAUAUAAUGUUAUAUCAGAUUUUUUGUUUCUGGUAAAAUACAAGGAUACUUGGUUUGGUUAUUUGUAAACCAUUACUAAUAGGUUUCCUAAACAUUAAUUGCUUUAUGAUUUGUAGCUCUUACCUUGCUACUCAAGGGAGUAGUCAUAAGAGGCAUGUUUUAACAAAAAAAGAAAAUGUACAGUUUUGGUUUCAUCACAAUGCCCUAUUAGGAUUACAUGAAGCACUCCAUUAAGGCAAUGUGUGUGUGUGUGUGUGUGUGUGUGUGUGUGUGUGUGCGUGUGUGUGUGCGCGCGCGCGCAUGUGUGUCUGUGUGUUUUAAAUCAUUUCUCAACCUGCUUUUGCAAUAUUAAGGGGCUUGUACAUUAAAAUAUUGAUGUGAUUCUUAAAAUAGACUUUUUUGUGCACUACAGAGAUGUAGAUGUUUGUCUCCUUGUUUUUAUGUUACCAGUUGCUUUACUGGCUUUUCAAGCUGUGACUGAUUACAUUUGUUUACAGCCUGUUUUGAACAAUGUUUCAUCAACUCAGAUGUUUACUUUCAUGUUUGUUAGUUAGAAAGUUAUACAAAAUAGAUGCUACUUUUUAUCUGGAUUGACAUUUAACCAAAAGUAGUCCAUGGGUUUUCAACCCAUAUAAAAUGUUUUUGCCUCUUGCUUUUUGAUCUGUGUAAAUUAUGCAGCGCUUUGCAUUUUUUAAUCUGUGCAUGAUUUUUUUUAACUAUACAAAACUGUAAAAAAACAGAAAAAGAAAUAAGGACUAGUAACAUUGUUUUGCAAAAAAAUUACAAAAGUAACAGUAUAAAAUUUAGUGACAAGUAUAAUGUGAUUUAGAAUCCAUAACUGAAAAUGUCUCCAGCAGAAUAAGAGAUUUUUGUACCAAAAAUGCAAGUGGGUAUUUUUUGCUGUUUAAGAUUAAACUGUAUGCUCUGACAUUCAUCUUUUUUAUAAAUAUAUAUAUAUUUUUUGUAUACUGAA